UUUUCACAAGUUACCGAAGAUUCUCACGGAGUACAGUACAGAGAAAUAGAGAAUCCACAUUUUUCUGGCUUGCGCGCGUAAAAUGGCGAACGUGGCGAUUAUUGAGCUUGACAGAAAAUGUGCCAAGACAGUGGAAGAGAUCGUGAAAUUGGAGAGAAAGAUCUUUCCCAAACACGAAUCACUCGCUUCUUUCUUUGACGAUGAACUGAGAAAGAAGAACAGUGGAUUGCUUUGUCUUCACGUGGAUGGCGAACUUGCAGGCUAUGUCAUGUAUUCUUGGCCUUCUUCCUUGUACGCCUCUAUCACCAAGCUCGCAGUGAAGGAGCAAUGGAGGAAGCAAGGUCACGGAGAGGCUCUGCUGAAAGCGGCAAUUCAGAAAUGCAGGAGCAGGAAAGUUUCACGCAUAAUGCUUCAUGUGGAUCCCUUGAGGACUCCUGCAGUGAAUCUUUACAAGAAACAUGGUUUCCAAGUUGACAGUUUGGUUGAAGGGUACUACUCCUCAGAAAGAAAUGCAUAUAGAAUGUACUUGGACUUCGAUUCCAGUUGAAGGAGAAACUGAACUCUGAACAAGCAUUUUAUUGUGUUAGUUUAAGGAGUUAUGAAUACAAAUUAUGAGAGGACUUGUGAUUUUACUUUUGUUUCCCCAGCUGAAGGGAAGGUUAUGACAUUCUCAGAUCAUGUAAUUCAAUUAAUAGUAUAUGUAAAACUUCCAUCGAUUUCAAACUCAAAAUCAAUUCUAAAGGAGAAGUUUCUGUGAGUAAUUUCUAGCUGUCACAAUUGAUU